CUUUUACUAUGGAGACGUGUGACAGUGCCUCUCCGCUCCCGCGAGAGGCCGCAGGAGAAGCGGUGACGGAGAGCCGAGCUUGCUCCUUCCCAGCGCUGCCCCGUGAACAGUCUCCACCACCUCCCCUGCAAACGUCCAGUGAUGCAGAGGUAAUGGACGUUGGCUCUGGUGGUGAUGGACAGUCCGAACCCCCUGCUGAGGACCCCUUCGACUUCUACGGAGCUUCGCUUCUCUGCAGAGGAUCCUUCUCUAAGGGCCGCCUCCUCAUAGACCCGAACUGUAGUGGCCACAGCCCGCGCACCGCCCGGCACGCACCUGCGGUCCGGAAGUUCUCCCCUGACCUUAAGUUGCUUAAGGAUGUAAAGAUUAGCGUGAGCUUUACCGAGAGCUGCAGGAGUAAGGACAGGAAGGUGCUGUACACGGGAGCGGAGCGCGACGCUCGGGCCGAGUGCGGCCCGCUCCCGAGUCCCGGCAGUGGAGACGUGCAUGCUUGUCCCUUUGGCGGGAGCGUUGGUAACGGGGUAGGCCUGGGGGGUGAGAGCGCGGAUAAGAAGGAUGAGGAGAGUGAGCUGGAUCAGGAAAAGAGAGUGGAGUACGCAGUGCUCGAUGAGUUAGAAGAUUUUACUGACACUUUGGAGCUAGAUGAAGAAGGCGCAGGCGGGUUCGCGGCCAAAGCAAUCGUUCAGAGAGACAGAGCGGACGAAGAGGCCUUGAAUUUCUCCUACGAGGAUGACUUUGACAACGACGUGGAUGCCUUGCUGGAGGAAGGCCUUUGUGCUCCUAAAAAGAGGCGAAUGGACGAGAAAUAUGGAGGAGACAGCGACCACGCGUCCGAUGGGGAGACAAGCGUGCAGCCGAUGAUGACCAAGAUCAAGACAGUGCUCAAAAGUCGUGGCCGCCCUCCCACAGAGCCUCUCCCCGACGGCUGGAUCAUGACGUUCCACAACUCCGGAGUCCCUGUGUACCUGCACAGAGAGUCUCGGGUGGUCACCUGGUCCAGGCCGUACUUCCUGGGAACGGGAAGCAUACGGAAACACGACCCUCCUCUGAGUAGCAUCCCCUGUCUGCACUACAAGAAAAUGAAGGACAAUGAGGAACGGGAGCAGAGCAGCGACAUCAGCCCCAGCGGGGAGGGGUCCCCCGCCAAGCCCCUGAGCCGAUCCGCGGAGCUGGAGUUCCCCCUGGAGGAGCCCGACGCCAUGGGCACCGACUCGGGGCCCCCAGAUGAGAAGGACCCCCUGGGGGCCGAAGCGGCCCCCGGGGCCCUGGGGCAGGUGAAGGCCAAAGUUGAAGUGUGCAAAGAUGAAUCGGUGGAUCUUGAGGAGUUUCGCAGCUACCUGGAGAAGCGUUUCGACUUUGAGCAAGUCACUGUGAAGAAGUUCAGGACGUGGGCCGAGCGGCGGCAGUUCAACCGCGAGAUGAAGCGGAAGCAGGCCGAGUCGGAGAGGCCCAUCCUGCCGGCCAAUCAGAAGCUCAUCACUCUGUCGGUGCAAGACGCGCCCACUAAGAAAGAGUUUGUCAUCAACCCCAACGGGAAGUCGGAGGUCUGCAUCCUGCACGAGUACAUGCAGCGCGUCCUUAAGGUCCGCCCCGUGUACAACUUCUUCGAAUGUGAGAACCCAAGUGAGCCUUUCGGUGCCUCGGUGACCAUUGACGGUGUGACUUACGGCUCUGGGACAGCCAGCAGCAAGAAGCUCGCGAAGAAUAAAGCUGCCCGCGCCACACUGGAGAUCCUCAUCCCCGACUUCGUGAAGCAGACCUCUGAGGAAAAGCCCAAAGACAGCGAGGAGCUGGAGUACUUUAACCACAUCAGUAUCGAGGACUCGCGGGUCUACGAGCUGACCAGCAAGGCUGGGCUGUUGUCUCCGUAUCAGAUCCUCCACGAGUGCCUUAAAAGAAACCAUGGAAUGGGGGACACAUCCAUCAAGUUCGAGGUGGUUCCUGGGAAAAACCAGAAGAGCGAAUACGUCAUGGCGUGCGGCAAGCACACAGUGCGCGGGUGGUGCAAGAACAAGAGAGUUGGCAAGCAGCUGGCCUCCCAGAAGAUCCUGCAGCUGCUGCACCCACACGUCAAGAACUGGGGCUCCUUACUGCGCAUGUACGGCCGCGAGAGCAGCAAGAUGGUCAAGCAGGAGACCUCGGACAAGAGCGUGAUCGAGCUGCAGCAGUACGCCAAGAAGAACAAGCCCAACCUGCACAUCCUGAGCAAGCUCCAGGAGGAGAUGAAGAGGCUGGCUGAGGAGCGGGAGGAGACUCGGAAGAAGCCCAAGAUGUCGAUCGUGGCGUCUGCUCAGCCUGGCGGUGAGCCCCUGUGCACUGUGGACGUGUGAGGCAGCGGCGUGGGCCAGGACAGGGCCUGCCAGCUGCACUCCCAGGGAGACCACCGGCCUCUCUGCAGCAUCUGGCUGCCAGCCUGCGUCCUCCACCGUGGCCGGUGUGCUGACGCCUGGGCCAGAUGGUGGGGGCUCUGGUGCACACCAGCCGCAGCUCUUCCCGGGAGGCUGCUUCAGGAUCAACUCAAAGUGACUACACGUGGAAGCUGAUGGCUCCCAGGCAGCCGUAGACCCUGCUGUGCCUGCCUGCUACAGACUGUUUUUAUGAACGACUUCAUGAAUUUUAGUAUGUAGUACUCACUGACACCAGAGACCCGGAUGCCAGAUGACAUGAGAGCAGGCGGCUACGCCCUGUGGCUGGCCCACAGUGCCGGCUGGCCUGUGCCCCCAGCUCCUGCAGAGCCAGUGCCAGGGACCUGGUCUGACGGCACCCACAGCACCUGUCCCCUGCCCGCCUCCUGUAUUUGCCCCUUUUCUCUGAAAAAGUCCCAGCAAUUGAAAGGAGCACCUAAGACCAUCUUGGUGUAAAAUAAACACAAUUUUAGCCUCAGAACUGUUUUUCAGAGAUCACAGGCAAACUGCAGGGCUCCAGCCAGCCAGGACAAUAGCUGCUUGCUGGCCGGGGUGCCGCUGGGCUGUGGUCUGAUUUUCCGGUCCAGUCCUAAUGCCCUGCAGGCCACCUGCCUGGACACCAAGGCCACUCUCCCUGGCCACUGGUACCAGUUUUUUACAAGAGUUUUUGCACAGUCAGGUCCACCUGUGCUCUCAUCAAUUUUUAAAGCUUUUAUGAUAUUUUAGCAUUUGGAGAGAAACUUUUACAGAGAGAGUAGAAAGGUAGAUUUGGAAUCAUGCAUUUUAGCAAGUGGAGGUGUGUAAACAGGAAGUGGGCCUCAGGUGCAGUCCGUUCUGGAUCCAGAGCUGGCUGUGAGUGGCAGCCGCUGUCCUGCCUCCUGUGACUACAGCCAGGACCCGUGCUCACUGGUUCUGGUGUGGGGUACAGGUGAGGGCCUGUCUGAGCCUCAGGACCCUUGCAACAGUGGCUGAUGGUCAGCUCCAUUUGCAGCUCCGAUCCAGGCCCAUGUGCUGUGGGCACCAUUAGAUGCAGGAGUCCAGUGUCAGGCUGUGCACCCUGUGUCCGUCUCACCACACCCCCAAGGACUGUGGACGGCGCUUGUUGCUAGGAUGCUGGCCGGGGGCCACCCUCAGCAUUUCCUUCCUGUCCCACCUUUGUGACCGAGGUCGGCUUCUGUGUUGGUCUGCAGAGAAGAAACCCUCCCAGUCAAGUGGCUAUAAUCACACGCUUGCCUCCGUCCCGCUUCCUGUCUGCAGCUUCAAGUCAGUUGGCCGUGACUGUUGCCCUUAGAGCAGCCAGAUGCACCCCCGCGAACCAAAGCUUUGUGCACUUGUGUUUCCCUAGAGGCCAGUGAGCCUCACCGUGGCCCCAGCACAGCCGGGGUCCUCACAGCCACCACGUGUGGGUCGAGUCCUGCGCGUGCACAGCCGUGCCGCGGGGGCCCCGACGGAUGCCAGUGCUGAUGUGUGGAUGCUGGCCAUGGCUGUAAGGCUGAGCCCUGGUUGUCUGAAGCAUAAAGCAAACUGUCCAAGAGGGAA